GCAAAACAAAAACCGAAAAACUACAAGUUGGGGCUCACAAACACAUGCACAGUAUAUACAUAAGCCCCAACACCUUCGUAUUUCUCACAAUCUUCAACUCAGCUGCCUGAGACGUUCUCCUCAUUGCUGUUCUUCAUUUCGUCGGGGAUAGUUCGCAGCAGAAUGCCGGGAAAAGGCUUUGAUAUAAUUCUAAAAAUUGCCGAGCGUUGUCGCAAUUACAAUGGUUUCGACCGUGUUUUGAAUAUGAUACAAAUGGUGGAUGGCGGUGAUGGUCGUGCCGUGGGAGAGUUUACUGUGGCUCCAGAGCACUGUAAUCGACAGGGAACCUUGCACGGCGGUCUCAUAUCCACAAUUGUAGACAACGUCACCAGCUACGGAAUGAUGUCCAAAGGAAGCCAUCCCGGGGUCACCGCCAAUCUCAGUGUGAGCUUCAUAGCCCCGGCAAAGGUUGGAGAUGUGGUCCAGAUCGAAGCAACUACUGUGCGAGCUGGAAAGAAAAUGGCCUAUCUGGACUGCGUAUUGAAGCUAAAGUCGGAUGGAAGGAUACUUGCCAAAGGUGGACAGGUGAAAUAUAUUCAGUUUGACGACGAAAAACUGGACUUUGGGAUGAAAAAAUAAAUAUUUAAAUAAAGCCGCCGAUUUCGAUUAAUCGUUGCUUGACUAUCGACUUAA